GGGCUUUCUCGUGUAGUCUGGCUUUGAAUGUAAAGACAGCUUGGAAGAUCAAAAGAAAAUCCUAAAAUGAAACACGGACGUGUAUGAUACUGAUGUUUCAUUUCUUUCCCAUUGCCUUUUUAGUGGCCCAAAUGAGCGAACCGUCCGAUAAGAACAGCUCCACUCAAGAAGAAUCCACAAAUCCAAUGUUUCCAGAGAAAAGCAGUCAGAUUGGACAAAAGCAACUGCAGCAGAUAGAACGGCAGUUGAAAUGCUUGGCAUUUCAAAACCCUGGACCACAGGUGGCGGAUUUUAACCCUGAAACAAGGCAGCAGAAAAAAAAAGCACGGAUGUCGAAAAUGAACGAAUAUUUUUCUGGGAAGCACAAGAAAGGGGGAAAGGAAGACACUGAAUUACUUCAACUGAACAGGAGGAGAGGAGGUAUUAGGCUUGGGGACAAAGGAUGCAGAGGUACCCACUGUUGUAGGCAAAGUUUUCCUAUCUUGAAGUCGUUCUCAAAUAAACACACCGGGGCUUACAUUAAUUACAAAUGCUUGGCCAGUAUGUCAGGCUUAUUACUAACUAGCUCUUACAAUUUAAGUUAACCCAUAUUCCUUAUUUAUGCUCUACCACGUGGCGGUACCUUUAUUAACAUGGCACGUUCAUCUCCUGCUCCGUCAGUGUCUGGCUGAUGACUCCUCUGACUCUAUUUUUCCUCUUACCGGAGUCUUCUGUAUCUGGCUGUCCCAUCUAUACUUCUUGCCUGGCUUCCAGCCUGUCAGCUUUUUAUCAACUGAUGAGAGUAGUACAUAGUCACAGUGUACAGAAGGAUUAUUCCACAGCCCACUGUGAUCGCAUGAGUGAAAUGCCAGCCAUUGGAGCUCAUGGUGGUAAGAUAUAUAAGCUACUCCCAAGGCUUUCAAGCAGAUCUGUUUUGAAGGAUAUAUUGAAAGUGGUUUGGUUUUGAGUGGGUGGUAAAAUUCCUAUAAAAGUCUUUCACUGCAGGCAUGCUGCAGAGGUGGACAGAGAAAGUGUGGGGACCUAAGGUCUGAAGUGCUGCCCUCGGGCACUGAGCAUUUUGCCUUCCCCGGGUCCUUACAAUGCAGACUGGUGCCACCUCAGUUAUU